AUGGAGUUUCUCAAGAAAAGGACCGUAGAAGAUAUAUGGAAUGAUUAUAAAUACCGGUCGAGUGAGCCCCAGUACCUUAAGUUCGGAAUAAGUGAAAUCGAUGAAGCUCUCAACGGAGGGAUUCUACUGGGAAAAAUCGCUGAAUUAUACGGGCCUUCCGGCUCUGGAAAAACUCAAUUCGCUCUUUCCCUGGCCUCUGAGAUACUAAUCGGGAAUUUGAUAAACUCGACUGACCAUGUUGUACUAUAUUUGUAUACUAAUGGGACUUUUCCCAUUCAAAGGAUGACUGAGAUACUAGAGUCUAAAUAUAAUGAUUGUAAAAUGUUAAACGAUAGCCCAGAACACAAAGGAAUUGAUCAGCUGCUAGAGAAGCUAUACAUGUACAAAGUAACGGACAACGAUGAACUACACUACCUCUUGACUUCAAAGAUGGAGGAGAUGUUGAAAUUAAAUGUCAAGCUGGUCAUUAUAGACUCAAUCGCAACAAUCUUUAGAGCUAAUAUAAACGAAGGAUUCCCGGAACCAGGCUUUAAUUCAAUAAUUAAAAUCGCACUGAUACUUAAAAGAAUAGCCCAUGAAUACAACCUAGCUAUAUUGGCAAUCAAUCAGGCAUCAGGAGUGGUUGGACAGAACAAUAUACCAUUUUUAAACCCGAGAGCGUCAAUAAAACCAUCACUUGGAGACAGCUGGGAAAGGUGUAUCAAUUCAAGGAUUUUAGUGGCGAGAAACAGGAACCAGAGACUCGGAAAUGACUUGAGGCACUUUCAAGUAAUUUUCAGCUCAAACUCCGCAACAACAAAGCCGAUUCCGUUCAUAACAACGAAAAGGGGAGUGGAAUAUAAUAAGCUAUUCAGUUGA